AUGGCUAAAAGCUUACGAAGUAAGUGGAAAAGGAAAAUACGUGCUGAAAAGAGGAAAAAGAAUGCUCCAAAGGAGCUCAGCCGGCUUAAAAGUAUUCUUAAAGUAGAUGGUGAUGUUGUAAUGAAUGACAUUCAAGAGAUUGCAACUGUUGUGGUACCCAGACAUUACCAAGAGAAAAUGCAGUGUGAUACGAAUGAUGAAAAAGACAAGAAAGAUGACAUGAAAAUGGAAGCUGACAUUAAGAGAAACAAAAAGAGCCUUCUAGACCAGCAUGGACAGUACCCA